AUGUCAUCAUCUUCAGAUCGCAAGGCUCGAACUAUUGAUCGCGUCCAACUUUGGACGCCGCCGCCGACACCAAACAAACAGCGCGAUCGCUCCGUGAGAUGCGCGAUGCCUAGCCCUCCCCCACGAAAGCAGCGCACAGUGAAUGAUUUAAUUUCCCCAGCUCCGCCGAUGGAGAAGUCGUUACUGAACGAUGGACAAUCAAAGUCGCGGAAGAAUGAAGGCAAACGGUUGCAUAAAGCAGAGAAGAAUCGAAAGAGACUCGCGGCCAAAAAGGCGCAGAGGCGUGGAGCGAAAAAGCCUUUGCAAAUGGCUCACUGCCCCGGGAAGCAAGAUGCGACUUUGACUCCACCGAGAGAGUUGACACAAAAGAAUGUUGUCCAAGGCGAUGUUGCGUCAAGCAAGCCAUCACUGGAUGCGCCACCAGGACCUGCUACAUUCGAGCCAGACAGGAGCGAAGAUGAACAUGAGUCAUGCCAAAAUAUUGAGGAGGUAGAUGUACAGACAAUACAGCCACAAGACUCUAACCACCCGAUGCUAUGCUUCGAAUCGAUCGAAUCAUCAGACUCAGAAUCCUGCACCGCGGAAAAAGCCUCCAUGAUGCAGAAUCUACUAUAUAAGAGUGUUGAAGAAACAGUCGCGUUCAUUGACAGCAUGUCAUCUGACCCAAUGCCUCACUCCCAACCAGGCGAUCCCUCAGAUCAAGCCGUCGUAACAACAGCACUGAAACUGCUCCUCACUCUGCAAGCCGAGCAAACAACUCUCAACUCUCAUUCCUUCGCGCUCGAGGCCCAGAUCACUGCGCUUAAGAGCACAAGGUUCAAGGUGGACUAUGUAGCUAUUGCCAAAUUGGAAGAGGAAUUGGAUUUGACUGUGGCGCUAAGCUUCGAUAUGUUUGUUGGGGAGUGGGCGUUCCGCGACUUGCUUGAGGUGAGGAAGGAGGACCUUGGGUUUGAUUUGGUAGGGGCGUUGGCUGAAUUUGCGAGAGAUGUUGAGGGGUUGGUUAAGGGGUUCGAGGACGCCAUGGCAAAGAUUGGAAAGUAG